AUGAAUACAUCUGUGUGGUUUUCAUUUUGUGCAACACUUUUCAGUUUUUUGCAGCAAACUAUCACACAAGAUGUCCAUUCCAGAAGUAAACGAUUUUUAAUAUUUCCUCGGCAAGCGCCCACAAGACACCAGUUUAUUGCUGGCAUUGGUAUCCCUGCCGAUCUUGAGUACGAAUCACUUACAGUGGGUUACGUUUUAAAAGCAGAGUACUAUCUGCCAUACAAUGCAAGUGUCUAUAGGCAAAACCCACUAUUUCCCGAAUAUAAGCCAAAUAAGAUAGACGCCGAAAAACAAAGAGAGUUCUUUAAGAAGCCUACGCAUCUUCGUUGGCAAAUAUACGACUUUAUCGAAAAUAUGCUAAAUGGUUACGGCUUGAAUGGACACGAAUGUCUUUUGGAGGCCAUAUGCGAGGCUAAUAGUAUACAAUUUGCUAAGGACUUUAGCACUGCAGCUGAAAUGUUGCACUUGCUUUUAAGUCCAUCUUCGACUUUAAACUCUGAUUCGAAACAAGCACGGGAUUUUAUACUCGCAGAAAAAGAAGGAGCCCUAAUGAACUGUGCAAAGUAUGACUGCAAUACUAAAAUCAUUGAUUGGUUUUCUUUUGUCAGAGAACUAGAUUUUUAA